UUAAAAAAUUCAAAUCAAUUUAUUGUUUAACUGAAAGAUCUAUAACUGUCUAAACAUUUUGUUGUUGUAGUCGUUGAUGAACAUACUAUACGAUUAUAGUCCAAAGUUUGGACCAUACUUAACAUAAAUGUCUCGACAAAUGUUUAACUGGUGUUUAACUGGUUUACUAAUAAAAUCCUAUCAUCAUAUGGUGCGAUAUGAUCAUCGGUGUCGAUACCAAUUGCUAACAACAACAUCAACAACGAUCACUUCAUCAUUACCAUCACCACCAUCACCACCACCACCACCACUACUACCAGUAUUAGCUAAUAGUUUUGGCAAACUGUUUGGCGCCAUUACCACCACUACCACCACCGCCAUCAUCACCAGUCGUUUGCGAUGCGCUCAUCAGUUGACAAUCGGCCAGAUUUAUAGAGAAGCACUGGAUCAGACAGUGAUUAUACAACUGAAUGGCUAUACCGAUAUUCCAACGAACGGUACCGGUUGUGUUGUCUUCGUAGAGAACGGUCUGGUCCUUACCUGUAGUCAUGUUGUAGAUGAUAUGCGUCAGUCUACUCUAUACUUUAAUAUGUUGAAAACUAAUACAGCUGGCAGUCGUCUGGCUCGGGUAGUAUAUGUAGAGCCGUACCACGAUCUGGCACUUGUGAAGAUACAAUACACCAGAACUACAACCGAUAUACUCAAAGAAGGGCUGAUGGCCUACGAUCUUCAAACUACACCAACCGUCGAGUUUGGCGACGAUAUUAUCUGUUUUGGUUAUCCCACGGAUGUCAAACUGACAAUGACCACCGGCUGUACAGCUUGUCCUCAGUGUAUACAACACGGCUUCAGAGAAUCAGAUUAUGUUCCGAUGGCCAGUGGACACCAUGAAAGCCGAAGCGGUGCAACCAGUGGUUUCUCUGGUGGUCCAGUAGUCAAUUUAGACGGAGAAUUGAUUGGCAUAACUCACAGUUACUUUGACUAUAUUAGAAAACGGUCCGCUUUACGUACUAGUAUUUAUGCUCCAGAUAACACAGGAUUUAUAAGAAAUGCCUUAAAAUACGAAAAUGAAAAGAUUGAUUACAAAAAUAAUCGUAAACUUUAUUUGUGUCAAAGUAAUACACUGGACAGUCCAUUAGGUGGACAUCAACCAUCGAAACCAAAACAAACAAAAAAACAAAAAGGACCUAAAGUUCAGGUGACUGAUGAAAUCUGGAACCAACGGCGCCGUCGACGACUGCAAAUAGAGGUUUGUUGGUACAGUCUAUAUCAUCGCAACGAUUUUAUGAUACGAACUUAUAUGACUGGCCAUCCAUUGCCGGCAGCCAAUGUCUAUCUAAGAGGAUACGGUAUAUUUGUUUAUCGAUAUUUCAACAAAAGAGAGGGAAAUGCCGACAGUCUAAUGGAUUUUGACGUAAUCAGAGAAAUCAAUGGCAAAUCUGUGGAGACUAUUGACGACCUAAGCUUAGCACUGGUAGCCAACAAUACUAUCCGAUUAGCUAUUGUUAGGUCUGAUCAACAAUUGGAUAUCAAUAUUAGUAGCGAAGAAUUGACGGGUAAUUUUAAUUAUAUUUAA